AUGGCGACGACAACGCGCGCCAGCACGAUGAUGCGACGCGGGGCGAACGCGUUAGCGCAUCGAUGGUAUUAUAGCAGUGGUGCUGGUAUCCAAGCGACGACCUCUUUCUCUUUCUCCUCCUCUGCUUCCUCUAAAUUGUUGUUUAACAACAACAACAACAAUAACAUCAACAACUACAACACGCAACAACAACAACUACAACAACAACAACAACAACAAAAGAGAGGUGUAGCGUACGACAUCAACGCUCGGACGAAACCGCACUUGAACGUAGGGACGAUUGGUCACGUCGAUCACGGGAAAACCACGUUAACGGCGGCGAUUACGAAAGUUAUGGCAGAAGUUGGCGGUGCGCAAGAAGUCGCGUUCGAUCAGAUCGAUAAAGCGCCGGAGGAGAAAGCGAGAGGUAUCACCAUCUCCACCGCUCACGUCGAAUACGAAACGAAGAACAGACACUACGCGCACGUGGAUUGCCCAGGUCACGCGGAUUACGUGAAGAAUAUGAUCACUGGUGCCGCGCAAAUGGACGGGGCUAUUUUAGUCGUCUCUGCGGCGGAUGGACCAAUGCCACAAACGAGAGAACAUAUUUUGUUGGCGAGACAAAUCGGAGUGCCGAGUUUGGUCGUGUUUUUGAACAAGAUCGAUAUGGUGGACGACGAAGAGUUGGUGGAGUUGGUAGAGAUGGAAUUGAGAGAGUUGUUAUCGUUUUACAAGUUUCCUGGAGAUGAUAUUCCAUUCGUUAAAGGAUCGGCGUUGCACGCGUUGAAAGGGACGAACGACGCCAUUGGCAAGGAAAAAAUUUUAGAAUUGAUGGACAAGAUCGACGAGUACGUGCCGACGCCAGAAAGAGCGUUGGAUAAGCCAUUUUCCAUGCCCGUAGAAGACGUGUUCUCUAUCCAAGGGAGAGGCACGGUGGCGACUGGAAGAAUAGAACAAGGGACGAUUAAAGUUGGCGAAGACGUCGAUCUCGUCGGUAUCGUGCCGACGAAGAAGACGACCGUAACUGGCGUAGAAAUGUUCAAGAAACAAUUGAACGAAGGGCAAGCGGGUGAUAACGCUGGUUUACUCUUGAGAGGUGUGAAGAGAGAGGAAGUUUUGAGAGGUCAGUUGCUUUGCAAACCGGGCUCGAUUACUCCGCACGCGAAAUUUGAAGCGGAAAUUUACGUCUUGACGAAAGAUGAAGGCGGCAGGCACACGCCGUUCUUUUCCAACUACCGACCUCAGUUCUUCAUGAGGACUGCGGAUAUUACCGGGAAUAUCACGUUACCAGAAGGUGUCGAGAUGGUCAUGCCAGGUGACAACGUGACGUGCACGUUUGAGUUGAUCACUCCGGUUGCCAUGGAACAAGGUUUACGAUUUGCGUUACGAGAAGGCGGGAGAACCGUCGGCGCCGGCGUCGUUGCCAAGGUUUUGGAUUAA